UUUCGAUUUCAGUUGCAAUAGACGUCAGUAUUGUUAUUGAUAGGUGCAAUCACACCGGCAAUCAAGCUACCAAGUGAAAAGGAUUGCUCGUUGAAGACUCUCUUAUAAAGGAGGCAGAUACUAGAUCGCUUCACUUGCCACGAAUGCUACGAUCCCUGCAAAUAUAACGACAUUGGUUAACUAAAAACAAUUUUCAUGUAAAUAAAAUGCAUCAGGGUCUUGAAAUGUCACAACGUAAUGUAACGAAACCGGAACGAGAGCAACAAUUCCAUGUUACAUCAAAGAAGCACAUUAUCCUUUCUGCAGGCAGCCAUAAACUCUUAUCUGGGAGAAAGCAAGGCGAGCGCGCAAUCUACAUGCUGAUAAUACAAGUCUACUCUAGUGAGAACUUCGGAAACUUCCUCGGCUUACACAGAAAACUGUUAAGAGGUUAUGUCGCAAGAACACGAAAGAUGUUUCUGAAUACAAAUGUUACAAGAUGUGAAAUGGUAAUCAGACAUCCGUAUGCAGCAUACAUCUUCUGUUAGCGUCGUCGCACACUACAAAGUUGCCAUAAUUUACGGCGGGCGUUUUAUGGCCAUGGGCCAAGUUCGCACAUGCGCCCUCAAGUACGCCGUCGCGACGUGUACCAGUCGUAAAUAUCCGCUAACCCCUUCCAAGGGUCAGGUAUGCAUAUACAAGCAUAAAUUUUCGUACUUUUUGAACUUUUUUUACCCGAAGAAAUACGACAGAAUG